CUGGGCGAACCUCUCCGCGCAGGCGCAUUUCCCGGCUCUAGGCCGCCAUUUUGUGCAGAGCCUACUCUGCUAAAGCGGGAGAGGAUUAAAACCACCGGAGGAGAAGGGCGCGUUUCUACAUCAUCGCAGACAGAGCACAGAACGGACCCCGGACUUUCAUUCGAAUUCGACGAGAAAAUAAACAGACAAAAGCAGGUUGAGGUGUAGAUAGCAGCAGUCAGCAGAGUUCAGGCAGGUCUUUGAUUCACCAGAUGCAGGGAGUUGAGAAGACGCAUGUCUAAAGAUGAAGUUUCCACUGUUGGUACAGGUCAUACCCAUGGAGGGCGAGCCGACCGAUGCGGUGGUGGACGAGGGGGGCGACGCCUUCAAGGCCAAGGAGUGCAAGACGUACCAGCGGCGGCGCGAGGGCGGCCCCGAGGAGGACGACGAGGAGGCGGUGGGGGCGGAGCUCCUGCAGCAGGCCCAGGCCGCCGGGAUGGAGGUGGGGGCCGAGCAGCAGGCCCAGGGCGAGGUGGGCGUGGUCAGCGUCAACAGCGGCGUGGGCAUGAUGGUGAUGGAGCAGCUGGACCCCACUCUGCUGCAGAUGAAGGCCGAGGUGAUGGAGGCAGGCGUCGGGGUGGGCGUGGCGGGCACCGCCCACGAGGCCACGGUAACCACGGUGGACGACACGCAGAUCAUCACGCUGCAGGUGGUGAACAUGGAGGAGCAGCAGCUCGGCCUGGGCGAGCUGCAGCUGGUGCAGGUGCCCGUCUCCGCCGUGCCCGUCUCCGCCACCACCGCUGUGGUGGACGAGCUGCAGGGCACCUUCGUGGACGCCACGGCCAUGCCCAAGGACGGGGAGCCCGUCAUCUGCCACACCCUGCCCCUUCCCGAAGGAUUCCAGGUGGUGAAGGUGGGCGCCAACGGGGAGGUGGAGACGGUGGAGCAGGAUGAGCUGCAGCCGCAGGAGCCCCCCGAGCCCCAGAACGAGGACCCGUCCUGGGCCAAGGACCCCGACUACCACCCGCCCAAGCGGACCAAGAAGACCAAGAAGAGCAAGCUGCGCUACGACACGGAGGAGGGCAAGGACAUGGACGUGUCCGUCUACGACUUCGAGGAGGAGCAGCAGGAGGGGCUGCUGUCCGAGGUCAACGCCGAGAAGGUGGUGGGCAACAUGAAACCGCCCAAGCCCACCAAGAUCAAGAAGAAAGGAGUGAAGAAGACAUUCCAGUGCGAGCUGUGCAGCUACACGUGCCCGCGGCGCUCCAACCUGGACCGCCACAUGAAGAGCCACACGGACGAGAGGCCGCACAAGUGCCACCUGUGCGGGCGCGCCUUCAGGACCGUCACCCUGCUGAGGAACCACCUGAACACGCACACGGGCACCAGGCCGCACAAGUGCGGGGACUGCGACAUGGCCUUCGUGACCAGCGGGGAGCUGGUCCGACAUCGCCGCUACAAGCACACCCACGAGAAGCCCUUCAAGUGCUCCAUGUGCGACUACGCCAGCGUGGAGGUGAGUAAGCUAAAGAGGCACAUCCGCUCUCACACGGGCGAGCGGCCCUUCCAGUGCAGCCUGUGCAGCUACGCCAGCAGGGACACCUACAAGCUGAAGAGACACAUGAGGACCCACUCAGGCGAGAAGCCGUACGAGUGCUACAUCUGCCACGCCCGCUUCACCCAGAGCGGCACCAUGAAGAUGCACAUCCUGCAGAAGCACACGGAGAACGUGGCCAAGUUCCACUGCCCCCACUGCGACACCGUCAUCGCCCGCAAGAGCGACCUGGGGGUGCACCUGAGGAAGCAGCACUCUUACAUCGAGCAGGGCAGGAAGUGCCGCUACUGCGAGGCGGUCUUCCACGAGCGCUACGCCCUCAUCCAGCACCAGAAGUCCCACAAGAACGAGAAGCGCUUCAAAUGCGACCAGUGCGACUACGCCUGCCGGCAGGAGCGCCACAUGGUGAUGCACAGACGCACGCACACCGGGGAGAAGCCCUACGCCUGCAGCCACUGCGAGAAGACCUUCCGCCAGAAGCAGCUGCUGGACAUGCACUUCCGCCGCUACCACGACCCCAACUUCGUGCCCACCUCCUUCGUGUGCACCAAGUGCGGCAAGACCUUCACCCGCAGGAACACCAUGGCGCGGCACGCCGAGCACUGCACCGGGCCCGACGCCGAGGGCGAGAACGGCACCACGCCCCGCAAGCCCCGGGUGGGGAGGAAGAGGAAGAUGCGCUCCAGGAAGGACGACGACGACAGCGACGAGCACGGGGAGCCCGACCUGGAUGACAUCGACGAGGAGGACGAGGAGGCCCUCCUGUCCACCACCGAGAUGGAGCUGGAGCAGGCGCCGCCCACCACCCCCGUCCCCGCCCCCAUGCCCCCGCCCGUCAAGAGGAAACGAGGCCGACCGCCCAAGAACCAGCCCAAACCCGCCCCACCGGCCGCCAUCAUCCGGGUGGAGGACGAGAGCACGGGCACGGUGGAGAACAUCAUCGUGAAGAAGGAGCCGGAGCCGGAGCCGGCGCCGGAGCAGCCGGACGCCCAGGAGGAGACGGAGGUGGAGACGGUGCAGCUGCCGGCCGUGGAGGCGGCGCCCAACGGCGACCUCACGCCCGAGAUGAUCCUCAGCAUGAUGGACCGGUGAUGCGGCGUGCCGGGGGGGCGGGGCACCGGCGCAAGCUCCGCCCCCGUCUGUCCGCCCCUGCCCAAACUCGUCUCCUCCAUCCACCUAAACACACACACGCGCGUACACACAAACACACAGAACACACACAAUACACACUGUUCACCUUAGUUGUAUAUGUCUUGGUCCCUCUUAAUUUUGGUUGAAAUAUACUAGGGAUAUUUUGGGAAUCACUUUUUGUUUAUUCAGUUUUAUAAUAUUAUUUUUUAUUUUAUUUUAUUUCCGCUUCUUUCUCCUCCUAUCCUGUUCCUCCACAGGUAACGGUCAGCCCUCCCUAUCUGAGUGCUGUGAGACGUCUUUGCCCCAUACAUAUAAAUUCUAUAUUUUUACCAGAUAAAUGCGUGUAAGAGAGUUACGGUGUAGCGAUGAUGGAUCCAUGUUCUUGUCUCUGUGGAAGACUUGCUCACACACAGUACACGUGUGGCGGGGAGGGAAGAUUUGUUUCCAUUUCGGCAGCGAACCCGACUCAGCAAUUACGCUUUGCCAGCUAGUGCGCUACGUUCAUAGGACGCCGCUACAUGGAGAGAAUGUUUCUGAUCACGUAGCAUGCUUUAACUGCUGUAAAGGAGGGGAAGGAAUAUUUUUAAUAGUAUGUAAUACACAAACACACACACACCUUCACAGACGCGUACACACACACACACACCUUUUCCCCACCCCACUGCCUUCAGACCUGUCAAAGGGAUUGUGUUGCUGAUGUUCACAACGCCUUGCAUCGCUGUGUUUGAUCCGACUCUUUUAUACACCGAGGAUUAUGAAGUUUUAACGAGACGACGAGGAAGCGCUAGCUAUCCAGCCAGAGUAGCGAUCAACGACAUCCGCCGCGACAUUUUGAGGCCUGCGAUUAUUAUGUUGUACAAAAAAGAAAGCAAUCUCGACUAGUCUCGCUUGUAAAUAUAUCUAUUUUUUUUUUCCUUUUUGUUUAAUUACGUACAUUUUAAUCUUUUUUUCUAGUGAUUGAAGACCUUGUAAAUGCUCAAUGGCAUUUUAACAGUAGCUUUGGAGAUUCUGCCGUUGAAAAGCUGUCCAUCACUAUUUCCGUCGUGUAAAUGUUCAGAACUGCUAUAAAGGAAAAUCAUGUAGGAAACACGCCCUCUUUUUCCUCCGUUAUUUUCUCUGUCCUUCACUGCUUGCAUAUUAUCCAAUCGGGGUGUUUUCGGAGCGCACUAACCCCAAGCCGAUUGGUGGUUGAGACGCCACUUUGCAUGACAUGUACAGUUAACCCCCUACCUACCCCCCCACUAUUCCUCUUACCAGUUUUUCUAUUCAGGGGUGUUUAAAGUAAAAUCACAAUAGCCACCAAGGUAAACCGUUUUACGAUCGAAUUUAAAAGCAGGGGAGUGGGUGGGGGAGGGUCUAUAAGGUCUUGUCUUUUAAACAAAACUACUGCGUUUGAAUUUCGGGGGGGGGAGCCAUUUUAUUGAGCGGGUUCAACAGGGGGUUUUAACUGUAAACGGGCAGGACCACGGUCUGAAAUUUCAAUGUAAAUCAGGAGGGGUGGGGGUCGUCAAGGAGACAGAAGGAUGCUUGUACAAAGUUUGUCACUCCUUUAAAAAGACCAUUUUUGCUGAUUCAGAAUGAAUUUUCUUUUUCUGUUAAUGCAUUCAGUUUGCUUUUUUUUUUUUUUUUGGUUAAGCUCUUAAAAACUCUUAGGUUGAAUUUUUUGUACUUAGCUGUACCUGUGUGAAAUUUUACAGUGAUUGAAAGCCAACAUAUAGAGAUUUAUUGGGGUGGGGAGGGGGAAGGGGUGCUCCGCAGAGGCCGGGGAGGAGAAUGUAUUGCUGUACAGCUAAUAAAAAAGAAAUUGACCUAA